AUGUUUUUCCUCAAGGAAGAGACCAAGACCAUCUCCGUGCACCCGUCCAACUUUGGACCGGAAAUGCGCAACCUCAUCGUCGGACAACUGAACGCGGAGGAGGAGGGCCGCUGUACCGGUGACCACUUUGUGAUCAGCGUGAUGGAUAUGGUUGAUGUCGGUGAAGGGCGCGUUAUUCCAUCCAAUGGCAACGCCGAGUACACCAUCAAGUAUCGUGCUAUCAUCUGGAAGCCAUUCCGAGGCGAGACUGUUGAUGCGAUUGUCACGUCGGUUAAGGCCACUGGCAUUUUCACCAUGGCUGGUCCUUUGUCCGUUUUCAUCGCGCGCAAGAAUAUCCCCAGCGAUAUCAAGUGGGAGCCGAACACUGUGCCUCCCCAGUACACCGACCACGCCGACCAGGUCAUUGAGCGAGGUACCAGUCUCCGUCUGAAGAUUUUGGGUGUUAAGCCCGACGUGAUGGCAAUCAACGCCAUCGGUACCAUCAAGGAGGAUUUCCUUGGACCCCUAUAA